UUAUUUGUCAAAAGAAAUGUCAAUACUCAAUAAAUUGAUUAAAAAUGUUGCGUAUUGUUCUAAAUAUAUUGUAAAUAAUAAAUUAAGUUUACAUUUCUCUAGCUUUCUUUAUCUGUUUAUUACACACUCUAUACUGCAAUCGUGAGAAAUGUCCGCCACAAUGGAACCGGAGCAAUACUGCACGGUACACAGUUGUACCUGCGGUCCUCCUCCAAAGCGCCGUCGCAUACGCAGAGUGAGCGUAUUAGACUUGCUGAAUGUGGACUUAGUCCGGAGCGCCAUAUUUGACUAUGUGCCUUUGGGGGACCUGCUGCGCUCCGAGCGGGUUUGCCAGCGGUGGCGGAGUGCUGUACAUCACUAUUUGAGAGGCGCCCGCCGCAUCCGCUCCAAGCUCCACAUAACGUCCCCCUGGCACCCGCCGCCGCCCCGCCUGUGCCGCUGCCAGCGCCUGCUGCCGCUCGACGAGAGCCGCGAGCCCUGGUUCUCCAGCUCGCUGUACAAGUGGGGGAUGGGGGUGGAGGCGGCGCCCUGCACGGCCGAGAGCUUCGGGGACAUUGCGGGGCACUGCCCCAAUAUACGCGAGAUUACGUUUUACGGGUUUCCGGACCGGGAAUUAGUAAGAGACAGCGUUAAUAUCGGAAGGCUGCGGAACCUGAAACGGGUCGCUUUCAGGAAUCUCAUCACGGAGGAUGAGGACAGGGAACAGGCCACCGACGAAGACGUCACAAUCCUCCUACAAAGUAACCCAAUCGAAGAACUUACUAUAAUUGGCAACGAUCAAAUCACUGGCGCGUUCCUAAAACACUUGAAAACAAAUCUAACUUCACUACGUCUCAGAAACUGCCCUAACUUGGACUAUAAACAUUUACUAUCGGUUAUACAUUAUUUAAAUCAAGUAACUGUAUUAGAUUUGUCAAGAAAUUCCGCGGAUAUUUUAAAGAAUGUCCAUCUACUUCUUGAUGUGAUGCCAAAAUUAGAACAUUUGGAGCUAUGUGGAUAUGAGAAGGUUGAAUUGGACGGGCAGUUGAAAGUGCAUGUUAGGUUGGAAAAUUUGAAGCAUUUGAAUUUGAGGAGGAAUAGGAAUGUUAAUGACGAUUGGUUGGAAACUAUAGCUAGAGGGAAUAAGUUAAUUACAUUUGAUGUGUCGUAUUGUAAAGGCGUAACAAUGACAGGCUUAACCGAAGUGUGCGAGUCGUCGAAAUCGAUGAGCGAACUCGCUAUAGCCGAUAACGACGACAUAUCAGACGAGGACGUCGAGACCAUCAUACGGCUCCUUCCCUACCUCACGAUUCUUAACAUCCAAAAAUGCCGCGGCGUGACGUCCGAUCUGGUGGUAUACCUGGCCCGCAUCAUGCGGCGCCGCAACCGCUGGCGGCUGCCCGCACUGCGGUUGCGUUUGUACGGGACAGUUGUACCUGAUGCCAUGCCGAUGGUAUACUCGUUUAUUCUGGACUUCGCGAAAGGCACGCAGCUCGAUCCAAAACCUAGCCCGUACUUAGGUUUUUGAUCCACUAUAUUAGUUCAAAUAUACAGGGUGAAUUUCCAAACGUUAACCACAUUGUGUUGGGAUAAUGAACAUAAUUCAGUCUACUAGUUCAAAUAUACAGGGUGAAUUUGCAACCAUUAACCACAUUGUGUUGGGAUAAUUAACAAAAUCACUCUACUAGUUUAAAUAUACAGGGUGAAUUUGCAACCAUUAACCACACUGUGUUGGGAUAAUUAACAAAAUUCACUCUACUAGUUCAAAUAUACAGGGUGAAUUUGCAACUAUUAACCACACUGUGUUGGGAUAAUUAACAAAAUUCAGUCUACUAGUUCAAAUAUACAGGGUGAAUUUCCAACCGUUAACCACACUGUGCUAGGAUAAUGAACAAAAUUCACUCUACUAGUUCAAAUAUACAGGGUGAAUUUGCAACUAUUAACCACACUGUGUUGGGAUAAUGAACAAAAUCCACUACUACAAUUGUGCAAUCCCCUAAAUGGUAAAAAAAAUUGGCUGUCCCAAAGAAAAUAUUGAUAUCUAAUCCGCCAAUAUGUAUGAAAUAGUAGUUUUGUUAUGCAAUUUUGGGCUGAGCCCAUAUAUUUUUAUUUUACAGAUGAAUUAUUUACGUAAAACCAUAUUACGGAGUUACAACUAGUCAUAAGUUACUGCAUACUUUGUAGAUUUAAAUAUUUAUUUAUUUAGGUACAUAUCAUACUUUAACAUGCUUAUUACUUCGUCUAAAAACUUUCCCUUUGGGGUUGAAUUCUUAAAAAUCCUUUAUUAACUCAACAGUAUAUAUUUUGUAAUGUACAGUAUAUAUUUUGUAAUGUAAAAUAAAUAAAUGUAUAAUAAACGUUGUUUUUGUGUUUAUACGGUGUAACAUGAGGAAACCGAAAGAUUUUAACAGUGUAUUCCUGAUCACAAUUAGAGACUAAAAUGUCGUAUAAAUUUUUCUGGUUUUCGCCUAGUUUCAGAGUAAAAAAAAAUCUUAUUGUAACUUAGUGCAAAACGCCUUUUUUGAUGGCUAUGAUGCCAUAAUGGGGCGUAGUCUAAAUAUCCUUAUUGAUAGAUGUCAAAAAGUGGCAAGUAACCUUUGCAAAAACUAAGUAAAAAAAAAUCGUAAGUUCAUUUUCAGCGCCAGUUUUACCAUAACUUUUUAUGUACAGAGAGAGGUAACCCCUGCAUACAAUCCGUGCCUCCGUACAAAUACAUUAAAAAA